AAACAAAAGGUGCAAGCGCAGCGAACUACCAUUGUUGGACAAAGCCAAGUUCUCUUCAGUGUGGGCUGUGGACAAAUGGAGGAGCAGACACAAACCCUGAUGAUCCCCAGAGUGAAGUUGGGAUCCCAGGGACUAGAGGUAUCCAAGCUGGGAUUGGGUUGCAUGAGCCUCAGUGGAGGAUACAAUUCUCCGCUCAGCGACGAAGAUGGGAUAGCCGUCAUCAAGCAUGCCUUCAGCAAGGGAAUCACUUUUUUCGACACCUCCGAUUUCUAUGGACCCCGUACCAAUGAGAUCCUGAUUGGAAAGGCCUUGAAGCAGUUGCCCCGAGAAAAGAUUCAAUUGGCCACAAAAUUUGGCAUUGUAGGGGUUGAUCAGACUGGUUUUGUUGUAAAUGGUCGGCCAGAAUAUGUUCGAGCAUGCUGCGAGGCAAGCCUCGAGCGUCUUGGUGUGGAAUACAUUGAUCUAUACUAUCAGCACCGUGUGGAUAAGACAGUGCCAAUUGAGGAUACUAUGGGGGAGCUGAAGAAGUUGGUGGAAGAGGGCAAAGUGAAGUACAUCGGGCUAUCAGAAGCCAGCCCCGACACAAUCCGGCGUGCACAUGCCGUUCAUCCUAUUACUGCACUCCAGAUGGAGUGGUCUCUCUGGUCUCGUGAUAUAGAAGGAGAAAUAGUUCCACUCUGCAGGGAACUUGGCAUCGGAAUAGUUACAUACAGUCCACUUGGUCGUGGUUUCUUUGGUGGAAAAGCAGGAGAAAGUAUUCCUUCAGGCAGUAUGUUGGCUUUUCAUCCAAGGUUUACUGGAGAAAACUUGGAAAAGAACAAGAUUCUCUACCUGCGAAUAGAGAAAUUAGCUGCAAAGUAUCAGUGCACCCCUGCUCGGCUAGCUCUUGCUUGGGUUCUUCAUCAAGGGGAUGAUGUGGUUCCUAUCCCAGGAACGUCCAAGAUCAAAAACCUAGAUGCUAAUAUAGAUUCUUUGAAGCUGAAGCUCACAAAAGAGGACUUGACGGAAAUAUCCAAUGCAGUGAAUGAAGAAGAGGUGGCAGGUUCUAGUGCCUCUGUUUUGUCAGAACAUUACCAGUGGAAGUAUGCAAAUACACCUGCUAAAAAUUGCAAUGCCGCAUCUUAAGUUUUUCUGGUCCUAUGUAGUUUGCUGUUAUAAUAUUGUAAAUGUUGAAUGAGGACAGGAGUAAGAUCCUUUUGCAGUUGACCUUAAUUUGGAAGCUUGUUGCUGUAUUUGUAGAUAAAUUAUGAAUUAAGAGUGCUGGAUGAUCUGUGAUAAUAGGGUGCUUGGUCAUCUCUUAGAUAUUAUAAGGUCUGUGUGCGCGCGCGCGCAUCUCUGUGAGAGAAGAUAUGAUGUGUUUAAUAUGAUUAAUGUUUGAUUGCAUUGUCAA